AUGUCUAAAAGGCAUGUCGCUUUUAUAAAACCGGACGAACCUAGUUUCCUUAAAAAGUUGAAAAAAGAAGCUGGAUAUAAAGAAGGACCAACUGUAGAUACUAAACGCGAAGAUUACGGUGAGGUAUCACAGGAGGAUUUUGAGGAUAAAGAGGACGAAUUACCUACCGUAGUUGUAUUAAAACGGGGCGAUUUGACCGCCGAAGAAGCCAAAAUCGAAGAAGAUAGGUUACAGAAAGAAAUAGAAGAAGCUCCGGCCGAUUUGGAUGCCCCCAUAGUAUUCAAAGCACCAAAAAAACAAGAAACCGAAGAUAUUCCAAAGAAAAAAUCGUCCAAAAACGAUUCUAAGAAGAUAAAGAACAAAACGUUACUUUCCUUUAACGACGAAGAAGACGACGAUUAA